UAUCAAGCCUCUCUUACCAUCUCGUUAGAAACUGUUCUAUUUACGCAACGACAUGGGUCUUUUCCGUCACGACAUAAGCCUUGGGAGCGAGUUUAUUGAAUCUAAAAUCCGAAAGAUAUCAGCGGAACUGACUGGUGGCAACCAUGAUACUGCUAAGGGAUCAAAGUCAACGUUCGGAAAGAAGGAACGAGAGCUCGUAAUCCUUAAGCGCCAGAAGAAAGCAAUGGCAGAUGAUGUCGACGAGGCCUUGCAACGAUACCCCACGGUCGAAGGCGCCUACUCCUCAGCUCUACUCACGAAAGUCAUAUCUGCUUCCAUAAAGUGGAAAAAUGCACCCGAGCAGAGACUAUACGCGGACGGUGUACUAUCAUACUACAAGUCUGUAAAGCCUGGCCCGUCUGGAAACGUCGUUGAAAAAUACUGCCAUUUAAAUGCUCAAUGGCUACAUGGAAUGUGUGCCAAAUGCGUGCAUAUUGUUCCAAAGUCACUCGAGUCGGAUGAGCUUGCAUAUCUCUUUGGCGUUCGUGAAGUUGAUUUAUCUGAGCCUCGAAAUGGAAUUACACUUGAGACAUCUACGCACGAGGCCCUUGAGAAGGGGUGGAUUGUCAUAGUGCCCGAUAAGCCAAGAUAUGGAGGGGAGGCCAUUUGGCGAUGCAUAGUAGUACAGAAAUCAAUGACUUCUAAUUUACUUUAUUGUAGGUCAACGUGGAAGGAUAUCGAUGGAAGGCCACUGGAAUUCCUCAACUCAAAUCGCCCGGCCCGCCGAUACUUAUAUCUGCGAUAUGUGAUGACAUACUUGCAACAGCAGAGGCUCGGAAACGUUGAAUGGUUCGAUGACGCGAAAGCACGAGGGUACCACUGGGGACUACCAGGUCCAUAUCUCCGAAAAUCGAUGCUGAUUGCACUAGCAAGGCGGUUUUCGGACCAAGGCUUGCCCGAAUGUUUUUACGAGUCAACGUUUACUGUUGCAGAUGGCAGUCCACAGCGCAGCGCCGAAGAGGAGAAUGACCUCGCUAUGGCAUUAUACUAUAAGAUGCAGGACGAUUAUGCCGAAGUAACCGGAUAUAGAGAAGAAUACAGUGAUAAAUCUGACGGUGAUGAAUCUGACGAUGAUGAAUCUGACGAUGAUGAAACUGAUGAUGAUGAAUGGGGUGACGAUUCAGACUCAGAGGAGGAAACGAGCGAUGGCAGAGAGUAACGACAGUAGUAGCAAAACAAUGGCAGAGACUGG